AUGUCGAGCACAUCGCCGAAAGCACCGCCGACCACCCAGGAAAUCCUGGACAAGUCCCUCAAGCGGGCUCUGGGGGGGGGCUUCGCGGGAGCGCUCGCAAUGGGGAUCAACGUCGGUACCUUGAUGUGGAUGCGGACGACGAUCAACUACCAGCUGCGGCACGGGGGUGGGACGAUGGAUGCCUUCCGCACUCUGUACAGCCAGGGGGGCAUCGGCAGAUUCUACCGGGGGGUAGGGCCGGCGCUGAUCCAGGGGCCGAUGUCGCGCUUCGGAGACACCGCGGCCAACACGGGGGUCUUGGCCCUGAUGGAGUCGUACGAGUCAACAAAGAACCUGCCGGUGGGCGCGAAGACGCUCUGCGCCUCGGUGGCAGCGGCGCUGUGGCGAAUCUUCCUGAUGCCGGUGGACACCACGAAGACGAUAAUGCAGGUGGAGGGCAAGGAAGGGUUCCCGGCUCUCGUGAAGAAGGUCAAGGUGGGCGGUCCGACGGUUCUGUACCACGGAGCCUUGGCGGCAUCCUCGGCGACAUUGGUGGGGCACUACCCCUGGUUCUUCACGUACAAUUACCUCCAGGAGCGCAUUCCAAAGCAGGACUCGGGCAUCAAGAAGCUCGCUCGGAACGGCAUCAUUGGCUUCUGCUCCUCGGUGGUGUCCGACACGUGCUCCAACUCAAUCCGCGUCGUCAAGGUCUACAAGCAGUCUCACACGGAGGGAGUGACGUACGUCCAGGCCGUUCGCGACGUGAUCGCCAAGGACGGCCUCGUCGGGCUGUUCGGGCGCGGCCUCAAGACCAAGAUCAUGGCCAACGGCAUGCAGGGGCUCAUGUUCUCCGUCCUGUGGAAGUUAUCAAAGGAUUUUGUGAAAAGUGGAUGGAGAGAGGGUUCGCGGAUCAAGCCAGAGAAAGGGGUUUUGUGCAUUUUUUCUGUAUCACGGACAAGAACGGCGGGAAGAGGAGUGCUGUAAGAGAGAGACACGCAGAGCAAGAGAGACAGAGAGAGAGAGAUUGAGGAAGACCGCCAUAGAAGGAACGUCCUUCCAUCCUUCCAGUCCAGUGGAAGGCUGGUGUUUUUUGGUCGGCUGGAAAGGACGAUCGUUCCACCGAAGUUGUGUUUUUUUCUGGAGGAGGUAGGUGUUCGUCCUCCGCUCUUUGGUGGUGCUACCUAGUACUGCCACCCCCCGGGGGGGGGCAUUUUUGCUGAAACCACGGGAAUAUAUUCCGCUGAAAGGAAGAGUGGAGGGGUGCGUUUUUCGCUAACACAGGGGUGCAUUUUUGUGAAAGAAGGGGUACGUUUUUUGCCUAAGGGAACGGGGAGAAGAGGAGAAGAGAUGCGAAGAAGCUCGUGCGGUCCACAAAGAGAAAGGGAUGUAGAGAAAAAAAUAUGGCAACGUUCUUUUUCUUUGAUCGGCCAUCACUUCAUUUCAUACCGGUGUU